CUAACCAAAUUCCAAAGCGUCCCAACAAUAGCAGAUACAAACCCAGGCCUGAGCCGCUCGUAAUUUUAGUUUUGUCCUUCUCUUUUCUACUAUUACCUCUACCAAGAGAAGGAAAGGAAAAUCAAAAGCAUCGAAGGCAGAGCGAGAACAAGAGCAAGAGCAAGAGAGUGAGUGAGAGAAAGAGAUGGCGGUGGCCGGACCAGGCCAGCUGAACGUGGAGGAGUACCCAUCAUGGGGUUCCAGAAGCGUCGACUGCUUCGAAAAAUUGGAGCAGAUCGGCGAAGGCACAUAUGGUCAAGUUUAUAUGGCCAGAGAAAUCAGAACUGGGGAAAUUGUUGCUUUAAAAAAAAUACGCAUGGACAAUGAAAAAGAAGGGUUUCCUAUAACAGCCAUUCGAGAGAUUAAAAUUCUGAAGAAGCUUCAUCAUGAAAAUGUUAUUAAGCUGAAAGAGAUUGUGACCUCUCCAGGUCCUGAGACAGACGAGCAAGGGAAUCAAGAUGGUAAUAAGUUUAAGGGUGGCAUAUACAUGGUUUUUGAGUACAUGGACCACGACUUGACUGGCCUUGCUGAUCGUCCUGGGCUGAGAUUUACAGUUCCCCAGAUCAAAUGUUAUAUGAAGCAACUACUAACUGGCCUCCAUUACUGUCAUGUUAAUCAAGUGCUUCAUCGGGACAUCAAAGGUUCUAAUCUUUUGAUAGAUAAUGAGGGAAAUUUGAAGCUAGCAGACUUUGGGCUUGCACGAUCAUUUUCUACUGACCACACUGGGAAUCUUACGAAUCGUGUUAUUACUUUGUGGUAUAGGCCACCAGAGUUGCUGCUAGGAGCCACAAAAUAUGGCCCAGCUGUUGACAUGUGGUCCGUUGGUUGUAUCUUUGCUGAGCUUUUGAAUGGAAAACCAAUCUUGCCUGGGAAAAAUGAGCCUGAGCAAUUGAACAAGAUAUUUGAGCUUUGUGGGUCCCCUGAUGAGCUCAACUGGCCUGGUGUUUCAAAGAUGCCUUGGUAUAAUAAUUUCAAGCCAUCAAGACCAAUGAAGAGACGCAUCAGAGAGGUUUUCAGACAUUUUGACCGCCAUGCUCUAGAUUUACUGGACAGCAUGUUGACUCUUAAUCCAGAAAAGAGAAUAACUGCCCAGGAUGCACUAGUUGCAGAGUAUUUCUGGAAUGAUCCUUUACCUUGCGAUCCUAAGAGCCUGCCCAAGUAUGAAUCAUCACAUGAGUUCCAGACAAAGAAAAAAAGGCAGCAGCAGCGACAAAAUGAAGAAACUGCAAAGAGACAGAAAUUGCAGCACCCUCAGCAGCAUACCCGCCUGCCUCCCAUUCAACAUACUGGCGGGCAAGCUCAUCCGUCUCAUUGGCAUGGGCCUAAUCAUCCCAUUAAUAAUCCACAGCCUCCAGUGUCUGCUGGACCUAGUCAUCACCAAUAUGGAAGGCCACGCGGUCCUCCUGGAGGUCCAAAUAGGUACCCUCCUAGUGGAAACCAGAGUGGGGGGUAUAACCAAAAUCGUGGGGCUCAAGUUGGAGGCUACAGUGGUGGGCCAUAUCCACCGCAAGGCCGGGGACCUCCAUAUGCGGGGAGUGGAAUGCCAGCUCCUGGUCAAAGAGGAGCUGCUAGUGGUUAUGGAGUUGGCCCUCCAAAUUAUUCCCAAAGUAGUCAAUUUGGAGGUUCAGCUGGUGGUAGAGGUCCAAACCCGAUGGGUGGUAACCGUAAUCAACAGUAUGGUGGUUGGCAGCAAUAACAGUUGAGAACCAGUGCUUGGAAUGGAGAUGAUAUUUUGACGGAAUAGAUAUGAUCCAGAAGAGAGAGACAAAAAUAGGGGGCGGGGGGGUUAAUUUUGGCCUCCUCUCAUAAUGCGAUUGCAAUUGUGCAAGGCAGAAGAACUCGUAAGCUUUGGAGUGGUGUUUUAUAGUAAUUAUUUCUUGACCCUAAUGCUGUAUAUUCAUUUUUUAGUGAGCUUUUCGUACGCCUUUGUUCCAUUAGUGUGGUGAAGUUGUAAUGCUGGUGAAAAAGUUGAAAUUAUGACAAUUUCCCAAUGGGGUUUUUCUUAUUCAAUGAAUCAAUAUGAAACUGUCAUUUGGCUGUUCCGCA